AGUCUGACAAGCCUCGCUCUUCUCAUUUCAACAGAACGCAAUGCACCUUUACUGGGUACUGUUGGCGUGCGCCCUGGCCACUGGAGUAGCAGCUGGCGGCUACGGCCACGCAUCUGUUUCUUAUAUCUCAAAACCAGUGGUCAGCGUUGGCUAUGUAUCCAAGCCAAUUGUGACUUAUGUCAAGCAGCCGGUGGCCACGGUAUCCCACGUAGUCAAGCCCGUGCUCACUGUCAGUCACGGCUAUGGAGGUGGCUAUGGAGGCGGAUACGGAGGCGGCUUCGGAGGAGGAUACGGUGGCGGAUACGGUGGCGGACACGGAUACUGGCGCUAGCCACCGGGCAGGCUAGCAC